AUGGCUUUAAACGCCACCAUGCCGCUAUUCCUCGUACUCAGUCCCGUUCUCAUACCAGCGGGGCUUUACUCUUACCACCAGUUUGUUGGUUGCGGGUUUAGCGGCCUCCGCCACUUCUUGUGCGACGGUUCUCACCAUCUUCAUGUGCCUCCACAAACGUAUUCAGUUGGGUGUAGACAAUUUAAGGAGCCUAUCUCAUCAGUGCGAACCGGAGAAACGUAUAGAGGUGUACCUAAAUCAUCACAUAAACCGGAAGCUAAGCCAACAGCUAAAUCAGCACUUAAACCGGCAGCUAAAUCUGAACCUAACCCGGUAGCUAAAUCAUCACAUAAACCGACAGCUAAGCAAGCACCUAAAUCAUAA